AUGAAGAUUAAAAAUGAAAUUGAUGAGACACUUCAGCUUCGAAAUAAAAAAACUCCAGAUCAAGAAGGAAUGAUAGAAAAGCAUGAAAUAGUAGAACAAAAGGAAGUCGAAAAAGUAGAACAAAAGGAAGUCAAAAAAGAAACUCCGUUGACUCCUAAAGAACAAGCAAAAUAUUGGAUUCAGACUAUAUUAAUUUUAACUGGUUUCAUUGCUUUAGCUUAUAUGUUUUUACCCUCAAUGACUUCACAAUAUCCUUUCGAAGAACUUGCUAAUUCAACAACACAAUUAGUUGAAGAUAUUAUUAAAGUAGAUUUACCAUCAUCUGGUACCGUAAUGGAUGGAACAGUAUCAAGUCGUAGAUUUGCAAAUAUAGUUGAAGAUAGUCCGGCAUUCAAAGAGACAGGUCCAUCCAUCGCAAGUCUACUUCGAAAAUUUUCUGACAAAAUAAUGGAUGCAGGAAUAGCAUUAGAAGAUAUGUAUCGUAAAGGUGACAUGUUAUUUUGGGUACUGAACAAUGAAAUUUCUGAGAUGAUGAAAAAACUGAAUCCAAGCUUAUUUGAUAGCUUUUUUGAUAAGGAGGAUGAAGCAUUUUUUAAAAGUCGUAUACAGGAGAUGAUUAAUAAUAUCGAGGAAUUUAGAAGAAAAGUUACUGAUGCAAGAAAAGCUAUUGUUGAUGCUGAAGAAUACAGAGGUCCUGCUGAAAAGAAGGUUCGACAAGGUAUUGCAGAGGCAAUGAAGUUUAUUCAUCGUGGUCCAGACAUUCAUGAGUAUAGGCUUAAGUUGAAUGAGGAAGAAUAUUAUCUGGAAAAAAUUGAUGAUGAUAAGGCUAUUGAUGUGUUGAAUGCAAGGGAUGAAUUAAAGCAUGCGGAAAAUGUGUUAAAAGUUUUAGAGAAAAGUCAUGAAGCUUUGGAUUUAAUUAAUAAGAUUUUAUUGAGUUAUAGAAAUAAAUUAUAUGAUGUUGAAGCUCAAUUGGACAAAACAAAGAAAAGUAAAAUAACUAAAAAGGAUUUGGGAAAAUUAGAGAAAUUAGUUGAUAUGUUGAAAGAUAGUCAACAAAAAUUCAUUGGUAAAGAUACGUUAGGUGAUAAAGGUAGCACAAAAAUUUAUACAUAA